AUGAGCGAAGAGAAUGCCCGACGAAAGAGUGGAUGUGCAACUUUUUGCAGCAAUUUUUGGCCAACAAAAAGCAAUUCGUAUCUGCUGUUUGCGAGGGUUCAUAUUCAUGUAGGUCCGCUUAAAUUUUGUUUGUUUUGAAUUUAGAAAAAAAUGUUUUAAGGGAUGAUUAAACCGGGAGUUUUCAAAUUUUUAUGAAUUGGGAUACGAUUCUGCGAUUUUUUUCGAAUUUUGUGCGGAUGACAGGGGGGUUUUGAAGAAAAAGAGGUUGGAGACAAACGUAAUUUUUUCACAUAUCAGUCUGUCGAGAAAAUAAUGAGCACUCUGUCGCAUUGAAGAUUGCGUCGCCGCUGAGAAAAUGAAUUGUGUCGCAGCAAAUUGUACUCAUUAUUUUCCCGACAGACUGAUAUAUCGGCCAGGGCUUCACAAAUUCCGAAUACCAAGUCCUUAUUUUGAUAGACCAAAAAAAAUGCUUUUUUCGAAAGGUUUGUCGUUAUAGAAGGGUUUUUUUGUACCGAGAUAUGUUUUGGCCUAAAGAAAGCUCUUUUCGCUUUAGGGAGGUCUCGUUGUAAAUGUUUUCCAUAUCCUGAAAAUAUACUAGUCCGUCCGCCAAAUCGCUGGAGCGAUUUUUUUUUUUUGCAUGCACUGUGCGAAAACAAAAUUUCACUUUGCACUGUGCAAUUUCUUGCUUUUUGCACCGUGCAAUCGGCUUUUUUUGGGUUUCGCUCACACCCUGAUUUUUAUUGCACAGUGCGUUUUGCAGAAAUCACUCCACCGACUUUGCGAAUGGACUACAGUGGGGGACCUGAUCCAGUGGCAAAAAACGUACCAUUUUGCAUCCGGGAAGUAUCAAAAAUGUGGCAAAAUGCUUCCUUCUCCAAGUGAAAAAACUUCGAUUUCAAAAGCGCGCCCGCUCUUUUUGUGAGGGAAAGGGCGCGCCCUUCAAGCCGAAGUUUUUUCACUUGGAGAGGGAAGCAUGUUGCCAAAUUUUUGAUGCUUCCCGGAUGCAAAAUGGUACGUUUUUUGUCACUGGAUCAGGUCCCUCACUGUAGAAGGACUUUCGGCUGCUUAAAACUCGAUUUUCAGUUUUCUAAUUUUUUCAGAAAGCCUCAAAAAUCGCCCUCUUCAUCCAAAUCAUCAUCGACUUGAUUCUCCUCCUCGGUGUGAUUCUAAUCCGAUAUUAUCAUCUUCUCUCCAUCUACCUUCUCUCAUUAAUCUCAAUAUCCCUCCUGUUCUUCGGUAUUUUCAAGAACUUUUAUCCGUUAUAUCUCCCCUACCUUGGCGUCCACCUUGGUAUUUGUAUAUUUGGUCUGAUUUCUUUGGUCGAACUGAUUGUAAAUUUCGAUUUUGUUCAUGACGAAUUCAUCAUAGGCACUCCGAAAUAUUUCGCGGACUCUUCCGCAAAUUUCUGGAUUUUCUUUGCUUUCUAUUUCCUUCAUUUUUUAAUUACACUAGUUAUCUUAUACUUGGUCAUUUUCGACUUUUUCUAUUUUAAAAAUCACUCAAAAACCGCCAAAUCCCCGGAGGCAAUUGACGAAAAUGGAGAAGCUACGGCUCCCCCACCACCUUCGGAACCGCCUCCGGAGGACUCACCGUCAUUGCCAACUCCCACACCCGUCUAUUUUCUGCCCUACUCCUCGUAUAAGCAGUUCAUGAACUCGUCUGCGUUUCACCCGAAUACGGACAACCCAAGGACAAGAUAUGACGGAUAUCCGAGUCAUCGGUAUGUCCCAAGCACUUCCACAUACAGCGCGAACACUACGUAUCAUAAGACUGUGAUUACCAUGAACUCAGCGAAAAGUUCUUGAAGAUAAAAGCAAUAAAGAAUUUUGUUUGCAUUAGGGUGUGGUUGUUCAAUAAAAUCCAGUGAAAAUUCUGUUUAGUAAAUUGCAAGGGAUAUAAAAAAUGAUUCGUCAUUGAAGGUUUUGUUGUAGGGAGGUUCAUUUUGCUCUAAAAUUGACUGUUGGGCGCUAUGAAAUUGUUCGUUAUAGACAGGUUUUGUUGUACGGGAGUUUGACUAUACAUGUCAAACCUCCGUACAACAAAACCUGUCUAUAACCAACAAUUUCAAAGCUAUCAACGGUUAAUUUGAGGGCAAAAUGAGCCCCCGUACAACGAAGCCGGGAAGAUAUGAGAUCCACAUGCCGCUGAUAGCUUCGUAUGAUAAUACGAGUUGCUAGAGCUACCAGCUCUUCCUCAAAAAUAAGCUUUCUUUGCACCAAAAAGACCUUUUUUAUAUAAUAAAGAAGUGCCGACAGAAGACGGAGGCGCGAUUGGAGAUAAAAAUACUUUUUGGGCGUAUCUCGGCAAGUUUCGCCUGAAAUAAAUAGUUUUUUUUUGUGGAAAUCAUAAUAUGUACUGGAGGAAUAAGCAUAAAAUUUUUCAUGUCAGAAUUCGCAAAAAAAGUGUCGCAUUUUUUUCCAACAUUCGAUCUAAAAAUCUCAAUUGUUUCUGCCAAGUGCGAGUAAGGAGUCUUGCAUAUGCCUUGGAAAAAAUUUAUCUACAGUAAGGGACCUGAUCCAGUGACAAAAAACGUAUCAUUUUGCAUCCGGGAAGCAUCAAAAAUUUGGCAAAAUGCUUCCCUCUCCAAGAGAAAAAACUUCGUUUUGAAGAGCGCGCCCUUUCCCUCACAAGAAGAGCGGGUGCGCCUUUAAAAUCGGGUUUUUUCACUUGGAGAGGGAAGCAUUUUGCCACGUUUUUGAAACUUUCCAGAUGCAAAAUGGUACGUUUUUUCUCACUGGAUCAGGUCCCCCACUUGUGCCGAGUCUCAUCAAGCUCUGUGCGUUACACUUGGAGUACUUCCACUGUUAUGAGAAAUCCUUGGCAUUCUGUUCCAAAUAGAAUUUUUUUUGAUACUUCCCUUGUAAGAUCGAAGGUUAAUCCCACGUACACUGCAUAUACUUUUGCUGUUUUCGGCAGCUUUGUGAAGGUCAAUAACUUCGCAUUCGUUUGGCUUGCAGACAUUUCCAGACUAGUUUCCAAACCUUUCGUUGAAAAGUUGGAAGGCUAGGGUUUUCUAAGAAACUUGAAGAGAACUGGGAAACUCCCCGCAAUUUAUGACUCUUACAUCUUAUGGGUGGCAAGUCAUGUGUUACGAGCGAUUGGGGAGAUGAUGCCAGAUUGUAAGUAAGGCAGCUGAUGUUGAGUCCAAAGAACCACCGCAGAGACUCCUCGAUGGCUACAAAUUUACGUGCCAAAAGUUUGUGAAGACCUCGCUCUUAUCAGUUGUAAAUAUGACUGGCUAUGAUUACAAACAAAGAGCUUCCGAAAUGGUGUUGAAUUUUCAACGACAUUCGACUGGACGAUCUCGGUUGUGAUUGCCGGUGAACAGCUAAAAAAAUGUACACUAUUUUCACGUAAUUUUUGCUGGUUUUUUUCCUGGAAAGAGGUUUUCAUAUAUACUGCCCGACAAUUAAAAGUGAAGUCUCGAUUCUUAUGCUAUCGGACAACGUUAUCGUUAUCUCAAAAAAAGGUCACGAUUUCGACGGCUUCUGAAAGGUAAGAGCUACUAUACGGCAGAACGGCCCGUGGGGAUUCCUGCCUGUUUCAAAUUUUCUUCGGCCCGGUUACUAGUGCAUAUAUUCUCGAGCAGUAAUAGUCGCUAGGGGCUAUGCAAAAGGCAAAAAAAUACAAGAGUUUUAAAAAACCGCUGUUAAUUUAACAAGAUUUUUUCUUUAGUCAUCAUUUGGUAUUACAUUCACCUAACGUUUUCCACCCAUUCCUUCUAAUUCAUUCAGAGUAAAAACUUUUUUCUUGGCAUUCUAAAUUUUCCUGAGCGGUGCGAUUUCAAUUUUUUUGUGGCUUUCGCUAGCUACUGCCGAUUUCUUUAUCUUUGGAAUCCUGAAGCGGGCCAGGCCGGGCCGACCAUCCGGCGGGCCGAGGAUGGUUUGAAAUGGGCCGGGCCAACCCCGUCAGGAUUGCGGGAAGGGCUGCAAUUUUCGGCCCGGCUGGAAUUCCAUAAACGGCUAAGACAUUUUAUGCAUAAAAAAACAAUUUCUUUUUGGGACGGCCCCAGAAUCCGAAUUGGCCUCUCUGACCACCUUAUCGUAUGACCCCCGACGAACUUUGCUUUAUAUUACAGCGUAAAUAAACAAGAGCGAUAAAUCUCGUCUUCUUUGAACCCAUUCGUCCAGGGAUUCCCCAUCAAUUUGCACUUGCCAUCAAUUUGAAAGUGCAGGAAUUCCCCAUCUGUCAACGAAAGUUUGCCGGGCGAUUCCGAACGUUGCUGGGGAUGCAGACUGUCUUACAGUUUGCGAGGGUUAUCAAUGGGCGGAAAACAAUUCCACAACUCAUGACUUGGGGGUGAUUCCGGUGACGCGGUGCGAACGAAAAAGACCGGGUUAUCACAGUAUUUUUGGGGUACUGUAUAAAAUUUUAUAGAGAAAAACACAUAAAUAAUAGAAUUCACAGUGCACGCCGACUACGCACAUUGUGAAAUGAAUGUUUUUUGAAAAGGGCAAAUGAAGGGUUUGUCGCGCGAACGAGGCUGUACUAUGCCGAUUGUUUGUCGCGCAAAGCCAUUUUGCGGCGCUAGUCAGUUUGCAAAGUCGCUGGAGUGAUUUCAGCGACAUGCACUGUGCGAAAACAAAAGCUUACUUUGCACCGUGCAAGUUCUUGCUUUUUGCACCGUGCAAUAGGCUUUUGUGAAAAAAUUGCACUGUAAUUAUCAGUCUGUCGGGAAAAUAAUGUGGUAGCGCUUUUGAAUCGUCCAUCAUCGCUUAGCGACGGCUGGAGAUUUGAUGCGCGACUGUGACGAGAGAAGACAUUUUUCUGCGACAAAUCCACAUUAUUUUACCGACGGACUGAUAGGCCAAGCCUCUUUGGCACGUCCAGUGCAUCAUUUGCCCACCCGAUACAGUAGAACGUAUGCACGGACUAAAAAGGCUUGAUAUAUUUUUUUCUGUGAGCUAUAAAAUUGGUAUAUUGUAACAUGUUUGGUAUAAAACAAAACAGGGACGUCCGAGGAUUCAGGGGAAAGAAGAAUUUUGACAGUUGGCCAAAAACUAAAAAAGUUAUAGCCAAUUCAAAUCCGGCCGAAAAAUUGCCCGACUUUAGGCGGCGACUUGUACUCAACGCACGCUGGAUUGACGUGGAUUUGUGCGUCAAAUUCAGUUAACUUUCUUUGCAAAUCAUUUUUUGUUCCUUUUUAAUGACACGAACGAGUCUACGGCUCCAAUUUUUGCCUUCUAUCAACGUUGUUUUGUUGUUUUUCAAUUUACCGUACUUGCCUUUAAUUUUACUGCGGGUAAACUCUACCACAAGUACAUACAAAAACAUACAAAAUACUCUGUAUUCUCACGUAUAUGUAUGUCUCCUGUUAUCAUUACAAUCCCUGAUUACUGCCCCUUUUCCAGCGCCUCGUCGACACCGCUGCACAAACCUUUGGUCUUCCCUCCAGUGGCGUUGAAAUUCUUUCUCAUUAAGCCGACCAAUCUGGUGUUUUCUUCGCCUCAGUGCAGCGGCAUGACCCCGCUGAUAAGGGGCGAUGAUGGAGAGGGGUUGCCUGACCGACACAUGUGA